CACCUUAUCCACUUAUAAACCAAAUUUGAGGCAUGCCAACAAGAACAAGAAAACGUUCUCUUCUUCCUCCUCAAUGUGUAUAGCAGCACCCCAUUUGGUAUGAAUCAUGACCAUGAUGAUGGCUUCAACUUCACUCUUUUGCUCCACUCAUUUCAUCCCAACACCAACCAUCACUAGAAGCACACCUUCUCUACACACUUUUGCUAGUUACACUCCCCACAAGCCGUGCAAGAGAGGGUUUCCACUCCCUGCAGUGGCCUCAGUCCCUUACCAACCCAUCAACUUUGACUACCUUAAAGAGGAGUUCAGUGGACAUGGAGUAACCUUUGAAGGAGUUGGUGAGAAUUGCAUUGCCAAGAUGGAGCUGAAAAAUGGGAGCAUUGUGACCAUGAUGCUGCCAAGUGGAUUGAUCACUUCAUACAAGGCUCCUAUGUGGCAUGGUGGCAAGGUGGAGUUGCUCCAUACUACUGUGUCCGAGGGAGAGGAUGGUGAUGCCCUCAUUCAAGGAGGGGUGUCUCUAAACUUCAAGUUUCAAACUGAUGAUGGUGAACUUUCAUGGUCUCCAACUAAUUGGGUUAUACAUAAGAUUCAUGGCAAUGCUGAAGAAUCCAUUCAGGUAGAAUUAACAAACAGAACAUCAGAUGGAAAGAUUGGAUUAAAAUACAUUGUGACUUUGGAAGAAGAUUCCUUAAACUCAGAGCUUGAAAUCUCAAACAAAAAGUCUUUACCCCUUCAGAUGACAGGGUCCAUCCUGAGUCAUCUGACAGUAAGCUCACCAGAAGCAACUUAUGCAAUAGGAUUAGAAGGAUCAAGUUAUUGUAGCAAGCCCCUGUUUGAUUCAGAAUUUAUGUUGAGUCCUUCAGAUUCAGACCAGGAAGAAGGCUUUGGAAAAAUAUUUCAGCAACUUUUUCCUGACUGGGGUACAAAAAGUCAGAAUAAUGGAUCAGAAAGUAGCCAAAGAAAUAAUGAAGAAAUAUAUGAAGAAAUGGUUGAAGAAAUGGACAACUACAAGCAGUUAAGCGAGAAACUAAGCCUUGUGUACACAGAUGCGCCACGAAAUUUUACAGUGAUUGACAGGGGUAGAAGAAACUCGGUGUCAGUUGGAAGAAAGGGAUUUGAUGAAAUGUACCUCUUCAGUCCUGGCUCUAGGGUUGAAAUUUACAGCAAGUAUUCUUACAUAUGUGUUGGCCAAGCUGCCAUCCUCAAACCAAUAAAACUAAGUCCUGAAGAUCUAUGGAAAUGUGGGCAGUAUAUACACAAUCCAAAUCUUGAUGCAUAAGCUUGACUUUGCGAUUGUCAGGCAAAUUAAUUGGAUAGAAAAGACACAAAUAUGCCUUAUGUGUAAAAUUUCGGUGUCCUUUUUAAGCUGUAUUUUUGGUGAAUUGGAUAAAAGGGUAAGACCACAACGGGUUGAUGAAUACAGAAGACCGACAAAUUGAAAAGGGUAAUAUUUAUUCAUUAUUUUCCAUUAUUUUAAAUGGCAUAACAAUAACAUUGUACAAUUACUAAUGA